AUGUUGUCCUAUAAUGCAAUGAGGUCAUGUCUUCAGGGGCAAACAAGAAGGUCGUUGAUAAGGAGUAUACAUCUGAGUAGAAGUUUACUCAGUGCGCAGAAGUUCACUAUGCCGGCCAUGUCUCCCACCAUGGAGAAAGGUGGAAUUGUAUCCUGGAAGUUCAAAGUUGGGGAACCAUUUUCCAGUGGUGAUGUGCUCCUAGAAGUUGAGACCGAUAAGGCUCAAAUCGAUGUUGAAGCGCAAGAUGAUGGGAAGUUGGCUAAAAUUUUAAAGGGUGAUGGUAGUAAGGAUGUUGAUGUAGGUGAGACAAUUGCAUAUCUUGCUGAUGUUGACGAUGAUUUGUCUACAUUGAAGAUCUCAGCAGAGGAGGAAGAACAAGUAAAGGUCACACCAGUAUCGAAGGUGGAAGAGAAGACAACCAGUGGAAAUAAGGAGCCACUUCAAAAUACUAAAAAAGCUAAAGAAUCUCCCAUUGCAACUGACAAGAAUGGUGUGUUGCAAGUUGCUAAGAGUAACCAAACGUUAUUACCAUCUGUAUCUUUACUGUUAGCAGCAAAUAAUAUUUCCAAAGAAGACGCAAUCAGGAACAUCAAGGCUUCAGGGAGAGAUGGGUUAUUAUUGAAAGGGGAUGUGCUUGCUUAUUUAGGGAAGAUACCGGAAAGCUCGUUGAUAAAAGUGUCAGAAUAUGUCAAGAAUAAGGAGAAGCAGGACUUUUCCCAUAUUGAGCUGGGCAGUCUUACCAAGGCAGAGCCACCGCAAUCUGAGAAAUUGGAAGACAAGGCGAUAGAGAAGAUCAGCAAAGAGCCUGUCUUGUUGCAUUCGGAGAUUACUUUGAAAGUUCCUUCUAAUGUAAGCAGAGAAAGAUUGGAUAAUACAGUAAAGUCAUUUAUAGAGGAAGGAUUUGAAUAUACGCACGCAAUGCCAUUGUCCAAUAUCAAUUCUCAAUAUUUUGACGAUAUAUUCGAAGAUUUAAUAACCACUGCCCCCAGGGAGCCAAGAUUCCAGGUCAAUUAUGAAUUAUACUGUCCCGUUGAAGAAGAGGAAAGGUUUACGAGGAAAGAUAGAGAGGACAUCUUCGAUCUACUGGCAGGGAGUGAGAGCAGAACCCCACUAAGGGGACCCGUGGUCAGCAACUCCGAGGCCUCGACGCCCGCCAGCGAAUGGACGUUAUCCUUGGAGCUGGAAGUAUCAGAUAAAUACUCCGACAGCAAGCAAAAGGCGGAGAGGUUCCUGGAGUACAUGUGGCAGCUGGACCUCAGCUGA